AUGAUGAUGAGGUUAUUGCAUGAUUGUCUCAUGCGGCAACGCCUUACUCUCCACCGCCACUUCUCCUCGCUAUCCACCCCAACCAAAGUGCCUGUCCUCUACAAGAGCCCGCAAAUCAACGAAUCAAACCACAACGACGCCGUAACUCUCCAGCUCUUUUCCUGGGGCAGAGGCGCCUCUGGUCAACUUGGUGGCGGCAUCGAAGAAAUAAGGCUCUACCCAGCUCCAGUGGCCAACCUUCAGCUACUUCCCUCAUCUUUCACUCUUUCUCCAACCCCAGGCCAGCUUGUUGGCAGUAACGACAAAAAAGGAGUGACUGAGGUGGGCAUUUCUUGUGGGCUGUUUCAUUCGGCAGUUCUUGCUGAUGGUCAUUUUUGGAUGUGGGGCAAAGGGGAUGGAGGCCGUCUUGGCUUUGGACAUGAGAAUCCUGCUUUUCUUCCCACUCUAAACCCUUUUUUGGAUUCCGUUCGCUCUAUUGCUUUGGGCGGCAUUCAUUCUGUUGCCCUCACUUCCCUUGGCCAGAUUUUUACAUGGGGCUAUGGUGGUUUCGGUGCAUUGGGACACUCUGUUUAUCACAGAGAACUCUUCCCUAGACUGGUGGAAGGUUCUUGGGAUGCAAAAAUACGCGACGUUUCCACCAGUGGCACACAUACUGCUUCCGUCACUGAAUCAGGGGAAGUUUAUACUUGGGGUCGAGAGGAAGGGGAUGGUAGACUGGGCCUUGGCCCUGGCCAGGGCCCAAAUGAAGCGGGUGGACUUAGUAUACCCUGCAAAGUGAAAGCAUUGCCUGUGCCUGUGGCUGCUGUGUCUUGCGGUGGGUUUUUCACAAUGGUUCUGACAGAGGAGGGGCAGGUUUGGAAUUGGGGUGCAAACUCAAACUAUGAGCUUGGAAGAGGUGAUAAGGUUGGCGGUUGGAGACCAAAACCAAUUCCUAGCCUUGAAGAUGUUCGUAUCAUUCAGAUCGCAGGUGGUGGAUAUCACUGUCUUGCCUUAACUGAUGAAGGUAAAGUGCUUUCAUGGGGCUUUGGUGGACAUGGUCAGCUGGGCCAUUCUUCAAUUCAAAGUCAGAAAAUACCAGCAGUGAUCGAUGCUCUGGCUGAUCAGCGUGUCAUUUACAUUGCCUGUGGAGGUUCAUCUUCAGCAGUUAUAACUGAUACAGGGAAGCUGUACAUGUGGGGAAAUGCCAAAGAUUCUCAGUUGGGAGUACCUGGCUUACCAGAGGUUCAAUCAUGCCCUGUCGAAGUUGAGUUUCUAAUGGAGGAUGAUGGAUUGGGACACCACAGUGUGCUUUCUGUUUCAGUUGGUGCAUCUCAUGCAAUGUGUUUGGUUUUGAGGUCAAGUUGUUAA